AGCCGACUGAGCGCUCGGCCCGCCGGCGGCGGACACGGGCUCCGUCGCUCCGGAUCUCGGCGACAGGUUCCAGCUUGAGCAUUCUGCAGAAUACAAGACGAUACAGCUGCUGUUCUCUCCACAUCCCAGUCGAUUCUCCCUACAAAACUGGGGGGUCUGGGAAACUCUGAGCUUGCUGACCUCAGCGUGGGAGAGAAUAGGAUCAAGAUGGCCACGUGGCAGGGAGCCAUGGAUCACAGAGGCUUUCACCAGGGGAGUUUUAAUAGCUUCCAAAGUAGCUCCAGUGAUGAAGACUUGAUGGACAUACCAGGGACAGCCAUGGAUUUCUCCAUGAGAGAUGAUGUUCCUCCUUUAGAUGGAGAAAUAGAAGAGAAUAGGUCAUACAAUGGUGGAGGAAUAGGUUCUUCAAAUAGGAUGAUGGACUUCUUGGAGGAGCCAAUCCCUGGUGUGGGGACCUAUGAUGAUUUCAAUACAAUUGAUUGGGUGAGAGAGAAGUCUCGAGACCGGGAUAGGCACCGAGAGAUUACCAACAAAAGCAAAGAAUCAACAUGGGCCUUAAUUCACAGUGUGAGCGAUGCUUUUUCUGGCUGGUUGUUGAUGCUACUUAUUGGGCUUUUAUCAGGUUCCCUAGCUGGCUUGAUAGACAUCUCUGCUCACUGGAUGACAGACUUAAAAGAAGGUAUAUGCACAUCAGGAAUCUGGUUUAACCAUGAACACUGUUGCUGGAACUCCAAGCAUGUCACCUUUGAAAACAGAGACAAAUGCCCAGAGUGGAAUAGCUGGUCCCAGCUUAUUAUCAGCACGAAUGAGGGAGCCUUUGCCUACAUAGUCAAUUAUUUCAUGUACGUCCUCUGGGCUCUCCUAUUUGCCUUCCUUGCUGUAUCUCUUGUCAAGGUGUUUGCACCUUAUGCCUGUGGCUCUGGAAUCCCUGAGAUAAAAACUAUCUUGAGUGGUUUCAUUAUUAGGGGCUAUUUGGGUAAGUGGACCCUGAUGAUCAAAACCAUCACACUGGUACUGGCAGUGUCAUCUGGCCUGAGCCUGGGCAAAGAGGGCCCCCUAGUGCACGUGGCUUGCUGCUGUGGGAACAUCCUAUGCCACUGCUUCAACAAAUACCGGAAGAAUGAAGCCAAGCGCAGAGAGGUCUUGUCAGCUGCUGCCGCUGCUGGUGUAUCUGUAGCCUUUGGGGCACCUAUUGGUGGAGUAUUAUUCAGCCUAGAAGAGGUCAGCUACUACUUUCCCCUCAAAACACUGUGGCGUUCAUUUUUUGCUGCUUUAGUGGCAGCAUUCACUCUACGCUCCAUCAAUCCGUUUGGGAACAGCCGCCUGGUUCUAUUUUAUGUGGAGUUUCACACCCCGUGGCAUCUCUUUGAGCUUGUGCCCUUCAUUCUGCUGGGCAUAUUUGGUGGUCUGUGGGGAGCUCUGUUUAUCCGCACCAACAUUGCCUGGUGUCGGAAGCGGAAGACAACCCAGUUGGGCAAGUAUCCUGUCGUAGAGGUUCUUGUCGUGACAGCCAUCACUGCCAUCCUGGCUUUCCCCAAUGAGUAUACCCGAGUGAGCACAAGUGAGCUCAUCUCUGAGCUGUUCAAUGACUGUGGCCUCCUGGACUCCUCCAAACUCUGUGAUUAUGAGAACCGUUUCAACACAAGCAAGGCGGGUGAGCUGCCCGACAGACCAGCUGGCGUGGGAGUCUACAGUGCAAUGUGGCAGCUGGCCUUGACACUCAUACUGAAAAUUGUCAUCACUAUAUUCACCUUUGGCAUGAAGAUUCCUUCUGGUCUCUUUAUCCCUAGCAUGGCUGUUGGUGCUAUAGCAGGUCGGCUUUUGGGAGUUGGGAUGGAACAGCUGGCUUAUUACCACCAUGACUGGGCCAUCUUCAAUAGCUGGUGCAGUCAAGGAGCAGAUUGCAUCACCCCUGGCCUUUAUGCUAUGGUUGGGGCUGCAGCCUGCUUAGGUGGGGUGACUCGGAUGACUGUUUCUCUUGUUGUCAUAAUGUUUGAACUAACUGGUGGCUUGGAAUAUAUUGUGCCUCUAAUGGCUGCAGCUAUGACAAGCAAGUGGGUGGCAGAUGCUCUUGGGCGGGAGGGCAUCUAUGAUGCCCACAUCCGUCUCAAUGGGUACCCCUUUCUUGAAGCCAAAGAAGAGUUUGCUCAUAAGACCCUGGCAAUGGAUGUGAUGAAACCCCGGAGAAAUGAUCCUUUGUUGACUGUCCUUACUCAGGACAGUAUGACCGUGGAAGAUGUAGAGACCAUAAUCAGUGAAACAACUUAUAGUGGCUUCCCAGUGGUGGUGUCCCGGGAGUCCCAAAGACUUGUGGGUUUUGUCCUCCGAAGAGACCUCAUUAUUUCAAUUGAAAAUGCUCGAAAAAAGCAGGAUGGAGUUGUGAGCACUUCCAUCAUUUAUUUCACUGAGCAUUCUCCUCCAGUGCCACCAUACACCCCACCUACCCUCAAGCUUCGGAACAUCUUGGAUCUCAGCCCCUUCACUGUGACUGACCUUACGCCCAUGGAGAUUGUGGUGGAUAUCUUCCGCAAGCUGGGACUGCGGCAAUGCCUGGUUACACACAAUGGGCGAUUGCUUGGGAUCAUUACCAAAAAGGAUGUGCUAAAGCAUAUAGCACAGAUGGCGAACCAAGAUCCUGAUUCCAUUCUCUUCAACUAGAAUCACAGGGUUUUACUGGAUAUAAAACAGGAAGGACAUUGCAGACUAUGGAUAUAUUUUAUUAACUGGGUACCCAAAACACAUUUCCUACAUUUGGGUGGUGAAGUUAUAUCAGUGUGUUGUCUCUUUCCUGCAAAUUAACCAGUUGCACUACGUAAUCUCUGGAAAUUAUUCUUCUCUUUAGGAGAAAAUUCUAUUAGGCUUCUGUGAUAUUGCAUUAGGAAGAUUUCAUGAAAGAGUAAACAAGAUUGCUAUGAUUUAAUUAUUUUCUUUCCUUUUAUUUAAAGAUUUUUUUUUAAUUUAAGACAUAAUUGUUGGCCAAUAUGCAAUCACUGAAAACUAUGCAAGAGAAAUUCCAAAUGUCCUGACCUAUAGCCUGCAGGAAGCUCAUAAAAAAGUCACUUUUUUGGACUCUUAACUGUCAUUGGUGGAAAAUGAAGUGUAAACUAAGGGGCUUUGCUUUUCCAGCCACAGGAAGGAAAGCCAGAAGGAAAAUAGUAAUGGUAUUUUCCAGACUGUGAAUUCAGUUCAAAUAUUAUCUUGUUCCUGUUACAGUAUUUAGCAUUAUUAGUUUUGUAUGUUUAUGUAUAUGUUAAUUCUAAUGUCUGAUUAUAAGACAAUGCUGCUUUGGUUAAUCUCCUCUAAGUGAAUUUAAAGAGAUUAACUUUUAUAGCUUGCUUGUUCCUGGUACUCUUUUGACGUGCACAAAGAUAAAUUAUAGAAUUUUCUCCUUGUCUGCAAAUAGGCUAAUUUUUCCAGGUGGUCUUUGUUAGCUAGUAGACAAAGACUUGGCCAUGAAUUUGUUAGUAACAAGGAAUGAUUUCUCCAGCUUCCUUGAAAUGAUUAGUAAAAUUCUAAGCAAAGUCAAUGACUAGGUCUUUCACAUUUUUGUGAAGUCCCAAUUAAUCCUCUUACCCAGAUGCCACCUCCAUGAGUGAUGGUGCUUUCGGCUUCUGGAAUAUACAAGAACAGUAAAGGGAACCAAAUCUAGACUGCAUGCUGGUAAACCAGGGAAGAUUCCGAGCUGUAUCUAUGUUUUCAUGCAUUCCUUCGUAACAACCACCAGUACUAAAAUGACUGGGCUCUCAUGCCUCUUCCCAGUGUUAAGUACAUUUAACAGGCCAGUGUUUUCCCCAUGAUGGUGAAUUUAGGCUUGGGAGUACUUUCAGAUAUGUUCAAGGCAUUGGAACAGGAUCGGCAGCUCUGACUCCCUUGAGACUUCUUAGACUUCUAAAUGCAGAACCAUCCUGAGACCCAGGGAUGUGUACAAGGCCUGGUGACACCUUAGGUGCUUGUAUCCAAUUGAAAAGGUGCCUGUCUCAAUUUCCUACCACCUUUACUGCAGUAGAAAACAUCUAGGGACACCCGGUGGAGUUACAGAGCCACCACCAUCAUUCCAACUACGUUUUCUACAUUUUUACCCACAUGCUGUUGUUUCCCCUCCAUUCUUCUCCCUUUUCCAUGCCUUAGUCCUGAGUCCUCUCUUUGGGAUUGAGCACUGUGCCCAGUUAAUCAUUCCUGUUACAAAAAGAUAACUCCUGGAGCUAGUUAAAUUGUAAACCCAGCCUCCAGAAGCUUACAGCCCAUGGACCAGAGAGGCAACACACAGCCAUUUGCUUUGCUCUAUAGUCCAAUAGCUACUGCCAUGCCUCCAUUCCCAUGCUGACGCCCACAGCAGUGAGACUCAAAUGCUAGGGGAGAGAGCUGAACCUUUCCCAUUUUCCAAGUCUGUUCCCAGCACUUCCCACCAUCCUUCCAGCCUAGAAUCAGCAGUCAUUCAGCAUAGCCUUUCCUUCCCUCUGUCUCCUGUGUUCAAGCACCUCAGUGUACCUCAUUUUUUAAAGUUGCUGAUCUCUGAUUCUAGGAUUUUUUACCCCUAGUUCUUAUGUUUCCAAAAUCUGAAAUUCUUUUAUUGCCCAGAACUAGGGAGCCAAGGCUUAUUUUGAUUUUUAGCUUUAAAGUAUCAAGGCAGUCACCAGAGCUUUUCCUUUAAAUAUAACACUCUAGCAUUUUAAUGAAAAAGAAAAGACCCUCCCUAGGUUUUAUUAUAUUAUAGUCAUGACUCAGUAACUUCACAAGCGACAAAUAAGUCAUUUGUCUCUUCUUUGCCACUGAUUCCCUCAAAAGAGAUGUGGCUAUUUGCCCUACCACCACAUCUGUUGUGCAGAAAUCAAAGUUCUUAUGUGUGUACUUCUGGUUCACUACCUGUCUUUUCUUAUCAGCCGUCCAACUAAAGUUUGCAAAACAGGAAAUGUUAAUAUUUCUGGUAUUUGAUGACAGUGAAAGGUUUGGUCACAUUUCUUAGGGCAGCGGUGAUAUGGAGGGUAUAUAAGUUUGCCUUUGUGUUUCUUCUAGGCUCUGUUUUUUAUUUGAAACAGAUGAGCCAGUGUUCAGGUGCUACUUCAGAGAAUAAAUUCAAGAAAUCAGAUAAUACUGUGCCAAGGUAUACCUUCUAGAUGCUAAGCACUGAUUGGCCCGCCAGAGAAAAACAUCCCUUUGAUACCUCACUCCUAAUAAAUCUCAUUCAUUAACCUCAGCUUCUCAGGAAUCCUUGUAACUAUAUGCUAAAAGUACCUGUAGUUUAUGAUAUCCAUUAUAUGUCCAGUCCUAUGGUUUGGCUCAAAGUUUGGCUAAUUGUGGUAGCGCUCUCUGCUAGCCUGCUAGCUCAGCACCUUAACAUUCAGAGUUUCUUAUCUUGAGGCAAAGGAAAAUGUUCUUUCUGCCGUUGCCAAUUCAGCAGUUAUACAUCAUUAAACCAACAGAGCUGAUAUAGGGAGGUCUGUGAGUAGUUAGAAAUGGUCGCAUACCUCAGUGGCAAAAGACUGGGAGACCAGUCUAUUCUGGUAUUGAGAGAAGUUUUCCCAACACAAGGGAAGGAUUUCUAAAAGAAUGCCAAUAAGCACUUCGAGAGAGGGUUUUCCAAAGCAAAAUAUCUGUAGGCAUCCAGCCAUGAAAGGAGUGUCUAGAUUUUUUUUGAGAGUCUAGAUUUUAAAAAAUCUAACAGCUAUGUUUUGUAUCUUCAGAUCUUCAAUGUAAAGAAUUAAACGAAUAAAGCUGAGGCAUGUUUGGAUACACCAUUGGCAGAAGCAGGGAACUGACUGAACAUGCAAAGUAAUGGCCACUUUUAAGAUCAUUUCUGUUAGUUCAGACACUCUCCUCUUUUCUGGCUCCAGUCUGGCUCAGCCCAGCUGUGGAGUAGAGGUGGUAUAAUCCAUAGAACCCAUAUCCUUUGGUGGAUAAUCUGACAUUGACAAUACUUUGGAUGUGCCAGCUGGCAGAGCAGUCAAUCUGUUUUGCUUCUGGAACUGCAAAGGAGUUCAGUUGUUUUGACACCAGAGACUGAAUCUGAACCCUUUACAGAAAGAGCAGAGAACAGCAUCAAUUUCUCUAUCAAGUCUUCAAUUGCGCUUGACCACAAGAAUGAUAAAUUAAUGGGGACUUUGUGUGGUCUAAGACUGUGAAGUAAUUCUUAACUAUGAAUUUAUGAACCUAUUCAGGUGGAGGGGAGGAGCAAAUAUGUUUUUUUAAAAACAACGUGCAAUAGAGUCCAACAGGGAAAGUAAUCACCACUGUAUGUUUUAAGUAUUUGAAUCACCUGUCCUGGUUGGGUCCUGACCUUGGUUUGUUUAGUUAGGUGGUGAGUAUACCCCAUGGUAUCUUUCGGUUUUGUUUUUUUUAAUAAAUCAUAAGGAGUGCAGGUUUUGAAGUUGAAUAUUUAAUAAAUGAUAGUGAAGACAGUUAUUGAAAAUUUGAAAUGGCCAGUGUGUUUUAUAUUGCUAAAGUACUUACUGGUGAUGGACCACAUUGUAUUGUGAAGAAUUGUUUUACUUUUAUCAACUCAGAACCAUACUCAGGCCACUCAUCUGUUCAGAGAAAGCAGGAGAGUGUCUUUCAUGGUGGUACAUAGAGUAUUGAGCUCUUGAAAACCCGGAGAAAAAUUAGGGGUUUAGAAAGUAAAGGGGAGGUGGAAUGGUGAGUCCUUAAAAAAAUAGAUGUCUAAAUAUGUGGUCUGAACUUAAGUGUCCUACAAUCUUGAUUUUUUUUAAACCACCUCUGGGAUUACCUGGAUUCCCUUUGGAGAGAAGGUGGAAAGUUAUAGCAGUGGAAAAACCCUAGUAAGAAAAUAUAUGAAUUCUUGUAAGAUGGUGGGAGGAAGGUCAUUCCAUGCCCCAAGCCAAACACCCUGACGUUUAUUAAACUGCUUGAUUUAUGUGCCUCAAGGGGAGAAUAGUUAGUAGUGGCUGAAAGAGCAGGCUUUCCAAGCAACAUAGAGGCUCAAAGCAGCAUUUGGUUGGAGGCAGUCUACUUUUAUGGAGAGGGCUGACCCAAGACCAGACAUCUGCUCAUGGAAGAAGGCAGUGUCUCCUGCCAUUGCCUAAAUGAUAAGCUUUUGGUAGAUUAUCUUGAAUUUUGAUAGCAAAAUAUUUUAAAAAUGUCGUUAGCCUCCUUGGUAUAUGCUUAUUCUAUAUUAGAAAGAAAAAAAGUGACAGUGUCUCAGAGCUCAGGGAGCUUUGUAAAUUUGAACUGAAAUUGGUGUAGUAGACCUGUGGCGACCACUCAACUGUGCUCUGCCUCAAUUUUGAUUGCUUGCCCCAAGGGGAGACUUUCUUGGACUAGUAGGUAUUAGCAACUUCAAGUCACUCCCCAAAUGUUUGCUGGUCACAUCUCAUUUCUAAACAUCUGCAUCUGGGCAAAGUUUUGAAGUGACAUAAGGAGCAAGAUUGAUUUUCCACCAUGUAAUCUUAUUUUGCCAAAUCAUCCAAGAAAGAAGGAAAGUCUGUGAUGUGUGGAGUUUGCAUUUCUUGGAUGGAACCUGUCAGGUCAUCCAGUUCAAUCCCACAGUCAUAAAUUCCUACCUCUUUAAGUUCCUGCCAAAGGGUCUUCAGCCUCUGUGUGCACACUCAUUGCAUGAAUGCCUUGCCUAAAGUUCAGCCUUUUAAGGGGAAAAGGCGUGUGGCAGUAUACAAUGUGAGGGUUUAAAUAAAUGAUCUCUCCCUCUCCUCCUCUCUCCUGUCUGCCUCUGUCUCUCUCUUUCUGUCUCUUGCCUGCUAUGCCCUAAAUUCAAAAUUUUAUCAUGUGUUAUAAGUGUAUUGUUUUGAAUAUGGACCUUGGAGGAGGGAAAAGAUCAUUCUGAGAGUAGAGAAUGACUUCUGAGUUCAUGGAGCCAACAGGACUUUGCUCCGCUUUAGGGGCUAGAGCCAGUGAUACCUGCUGGCAGUGUCCAGGGCUUUAGCAUCUCGAUGCAGACAUGUGAAAUAUUCAUUGCUAAACGUUAUUCUCAUCUACUACUGGUCCAAAUAUGUUGAAAGUCAGAGGCGAUCUAGAACUUGAUGAGUGAAAUGCCUCUUGGCAGAAUGAAGGUGAGGGAGUAGCCUGGGUUGAUUUUGUCAGGGUGGGGAUGUUUCGCCUCAUUAUCUUUCUGACUGUACCUCAACUAUAUAGUCCUUCAACAGUGCUCCUCCUCCUCCAUUUUACUUUAUCCCUUAUCCUCUCUCUUUCCCCUUGUCCUGCCUUUUUACUCCUCAGAUUUUAAUAAAUAUUUACUUUUUUAUUAUAUAUUUGGUCCCUUGGGACUAGGUAGUGAUUAUGAAUUGAUUUUAUUCUAGGUAAAAAAAUAUAUAGUGUGUUUAAUAUUUUGUUCUUUUAAACUGUCCUUUGAAGCUAUGCUGUUAACCAGGUACAGGCCAGGAAGGAGUUAAGCCUGAUGGACAGCACCCUGGUCAUGUCACCUAAGGAUGCCAUUGAUGUAAUGAUGGUGAUUCUUCUUCAUUUGACCAAGGCCAGCCUCCUCUUCUUACCCUCUGUCCAGUCAUUUCUGGCUGUGGGAAAAAUACCAGCUGUCGAAUGAGCCAGUGAGGCCAGGAUGAUCAGAGGGGCUGGUUCCAGCCCAUGGGCCAUUCUAUGAAUAUCUCUGUAGUGAGCUCAUUUGUAGGGCUGGCUUCAACUGCAGUAGCCAAAGAAAACCUGUCUGACUCAAAAUUUUAGUUCCUGAGAGUUGGUAAAAGUUCAAAUGAAGCUAAUGUAUGUAGACAUCAGCAGUAGCUAGGUGUCCAGACACUAGAGUCAACCAAAGCUAAUAGAGCCUGAGUUUCCAUAGGAAGCUUGGUGCUGAGCUGUUCAGAGCAAUUAUUUAUCUGAGUGCUGCCAAUGCUUUAGUCACACUUUCUUAGCUUUAUUGUAACUUUUAGAGAUGUUGGUCCCUGUUCAUAGGCACAGCCUGUACCAAAGCUAUGGCUUACUGCACACUUCAUUCUGCUCCCUGGUCAAGCAUAGCAACAUAGUCUUAAAGGAAAGAUGUGGGCUGGGGAGUUAGGAGACCUAGUUUCUAUUCCCUAUGCUUCUACUAACUAGCCUCGAGAUCUUAACCGCUCUGUGCCUCAGUGUUCCCAUCUGCAAAAUGGGGAUAGUGUUAAUUGCCCUACCUACCUCACAGGGUUGUUGUGAGGAUAAACUGAGACAAUGAAAGGAAAGUACUUUGAUAAGUAAGUGCUAUGCAAAUUGUAAGAAAUGGAAACAAUCAUGUCACAGGCAAUGGAAUGGACUUUGGCAGAAGGGUUAAUGGGAUUGUCCAGCCCUUUCUCUGUGUGGCUUAAACCCAGGUCGCCAUUGCUUUAUACAUUUUUCACUUAGCACAGAUUUGUAAUUAUGCAUGUAAUAAAGCACAGCCUUAUCCAA